AAACCCCAAACAGUGUUUAUUGAAAGCCCCCCCUUCAAAUUGGUGCGUGAAAUCAAUAAGUUUAUUCACGGCGAUUUAGAGCACGGAUUUAGGUCGAUCGUUUUUUAAAGGUUGAAAAAUGAGAGGCAGAAGUUACAGCUACAGCCCUUCACCACCAAGAUACCGUAGCAGAAGCUAUCGAAGUCCUAGCCCAAGGGGUCGACAUGGGGGUCGUGCUAGAGAUCUUCCUACCAGCCUCUUGGUUCGCAAUCUUCGCCAUGGUUGCAGGCCAGAAGAUCUCCGUGGACCAUUUCGAGAGUUUGGCCCGCUGAAGGAUGUUUACUUACCGCGGGACUAUCAUACUGGAGAGCUGCGUGGUUUCGGUUUUGUUCAAUAUCUUGAUCCUGAUGAUGCUGCCGAGGCCAAAUAUCAGAUGGAUGGUCAAAUUCUUCUUGGUAGAGAGCUGACAGUCGUGUUUGCGGAGGAAAACAGGAAGAAGCCUUCAGAAAUGAGAGCAAGAGAAAGUUUUCGGGGACACUCAUAUGAUCGUAGAGGAUCAUCUUCCAUGCGUUACUCUCGUUCACCCCGCCGUGGAAGAUCAUACGAUCGCAGUCCAAGUUACUAUUCUCCUUCUCCUAGGCGGGGCCGCUACUCUAGGUCAAUUUCACCGGAAGAGCGAAGGUACAGAGAGAGAAUGAGAGAAAGGUCUUAUUCGAGGAGUUCGUAUGGAUCCAUGAGUAGGAGCCGUAGCCCAGUCAGGAGCAGCCGGAGUCCAGAACGUUAUUAGGGAACUUUCAGAUAGUAAUGUAAAUUACUUUGUUCUUCUACAAGUUUAAUUUGUUAGAUCUAGAAGUUGGUUGUUAUGAUAUUGAAACUAAGUUGUUC